ACGAUGACCACCGUAUCGAUCAACGACAACGUGGUCGAGGUCCGAAAAUUGAAUCAGUAUCUCGGAGCGUUCGUCGCGUCCCUGGGCGGUUUCGCGCUCGGCAUCUCGCUCGGUUGGAACUCGAAGGCCAGCGUUGUGCUGAAGAACUACCUGGACGCCACCGCGACCGAGAUCGGGCUGAUCGGUGGGAUUUUAAACGGCGGGAUCUGUGUAGGGGCGAUGUCGAUGCCGUUCGUCGCCAGCCGUGUCUCCAGAACGAAGAUCAUGUUCUGGACGAUGCCGGUCCUCCUUGCCGCGUGGUUUCUGAUGAUCAGCCAACGUCGACAGAAGGUGAUGUUGCUCCUUGUCGGGAGAUUUGUCUGCGGGAUCUGCGGCGGCGCGUCUUGCGUGCUGACGCCGAUAUACGUGGCCGAAAUAGCAAGCAAAGAGACCCGAGGACGUUUGCUCGCGUUCUUCCAGCUGCUCCUCAAUUGCGGCGUGAUGUACGCUUUCUACGUAGCUCAUGCGAUCGACGAGGUGAAAACUGUGUGGAGGUACAGCGCGAUUUGUGGGUUCGCGUGCCUCUCGAUCGCCCCGGCGAUAUUAUUACCGGAGAGUCCGCUCCACUAUUUGUCGAGGGACGACGAACUGAGUGCUGAGAAAUCCCUGAGAUGGUAUCGCGGCAACACUUACGACGUUCAGCACGAAAUCAGCGAAACGAAGCGUCUCGUUCUUGCGGCUCGCUCGACGAAGAUUGGCCUAAAGUUGCUAAAGAAUCGGCGGGUGCUACGUUCGAUCGCUACCUGUUUCGGAGUGGUGGUGGGCCAGCACGUGUGCGGCGUCAACAUGAUGAUUUUCUACGCCUUGACGCUGUUCGACACCAGCGGUUCCGGUGAACUGACCGGAAGCGAGCAGACACUGAUCGUCGCCGCCGUUCAAAUAUUGGUGUCCCUGUCUGUCGCGUUCCUCGUCGAUCUACUGGGACGUCGGAUCCUCCUCACCCUUUCCUCCCUUCUCAUGGGAUUGUUUCUUAUACUUCUAGGUUGGUUUUUCAGCCUGCGCGACGCCGACCCGGAGAACGACGACGUUUACUCGUGGAUGUCGCCCACGUGGAUCAUCCUGUUCUUCGCCUCGUUCAAUCUCGGCCUCGGGCCAAUCUCGUGGUCCCUGUUAGGCGACACGCUGCCGGAACAGCUGAAGACGCCAGUGGUCUCCGCCGCGGUCGCCCUCGGAUGGCUGAUCUCGCUGAUGGCCACCCUCACCUUCGACGAGAUGAUCGUCUCCAUCGGCGGCACGAAGGUCAUGUGGCUCUCCGCGGCGAUAUGCUGGCUGAUCGCCCUGUUCUCCGCGAUCGUCGCGAAAGACAACACCGGCAAGAGCCUGACGGAGAUCCAACGGGACUUUCGCAUCGACCCCGUUGACGACAGAGCACUCGAGGGCACCUGAUGCUUCCGCCAUCUUUAAUCUCCGCGUCCGCCGUUUCUCAACCCUUUCCACGAAAAUUUCGUGUUUCAAACGAAGCGA